GUUGCAGAGGAUCAGAGACAGAUGUGUAGGUCGUUUAUGUGUUUAUGACUUAUUCCAUGCAUCUCUGACAUAAUAAUAAUAAAAAAAUAUAUUUCGCCAUUGGCACACCCACUACUAAUGUGCUAUGAUAAAAACAUGAUUGGGAAUAAUUUCUUUAAAAAUUGGAGACGUGUGUAGGAGUGUGGGCUGCACGGCAACAGUUUAAGAAGGAAGUGCACAAGAAGAAAGGAGGGGUGAGGGGGUGUCUGAAUGUCACUAUUGCAUAACUAUGAGCGGGAACAGAAGGAAAGUGAGGGAAAAUGAAAAGCAAGAAAAUAAGUAGUUUGUAACAUGUACUCAACAAUGUGAGGCUUGGCUCUAGUUGUUGUAGCCUUUUAAGCCUUUACUGUUUUUUUUUAUCUAUUUGUAAAUGAGAAUGCAAAGUUGGGGAAAAGCAACAAAAGAAGUGAGGUGAAGCUCCGGGAAGAUCUGGACUGAUUGGUGGACCUUGUCUUUCACUCCGACCUACACACGCCCUCUCUGCCGAGGCAUGCACACACUUGUAGACAGUCCAGAGGCAGGGAAUGUGAGGUGCACUGCAACCUGUGGCGUUGCCUGCUAUGCUGCUGUUGCUGCUGCUGAGAGGAUUGUGUGUUUAUUGUGACUCUUUUUGCAGUUAUCUCUUGCUGCUGUGCACUUUUUUUUUUACCCCUGCACAUUGUUUACUUUUGCCUGUGUUGGAAGUAUGAAUCCCUAAUCCUUGCCUGCAGGGUGACACUUCUUUCGGCAUGGUACAGAGGGAUAUGACUCUCUUGUCAGUCCUUCAGCUCAAACUGCAACAGAGACGCACACGAGAGGAGCUGGUCAGCCAAGGGAUCAUGCCACCACUGAAGAGCCCGGCAGCCUUUCAUGAACAGCGGCGGAGUUUGGAACGAGCCAGAACUGAAGACUAUCUUAAGAGGAAGAUCCGGAGUCGCCCGGAACGGUCUGAGCUGGUCAGGAUGCACAUUCUGGAGGAGACGUCGGCUGAGCCGUCCUUGCAGGCCAAGCAGCUCCAGCUCAAGCGAGCUCGCCUGGCUGACGACCUCAACGACAAGAUCUCACACAGACCGGGUCCCAUCGAACUGGUGCACAAGAACAUCCUGUCUGUCAACUGUCCUGACCACUCGCCACCGGAUUCUCCAAAAGGAGCAGGAGGUGAGAGCUCAUCGUUGGAUGAAGACAGCAGUGAUGCGCUGUCACCCGACCAGCUAACCAAUCACGACUCUCCCCUGAGCGCCGUCCCUCAGCCUUCCCCCUUGGACGGGCUCAGCCAAAAUGGAGACCUGUCCCCCACACAGUUUGUUUUACAGCCCGCUCCACAUCCUCUUCCCUCCCCCAAGGUGAACGGAUCAGACUCACCCCCGCCUCUCAAAAUGACAAACGGGACCACAGUAACCCCCCGUACACCCAUUGGCCAGUUCAAGUCUCACUCCAAGACCGGCUCAGACCGUCCUCCACUUAGAUCGAAGAAACCCAAAGACAGCAAACCCAAGGUGAAGAAGCUGAAGUACCACCAGUACAUCCCUCCGGACCAGAAGGCGGACAAGGAACGCCCCCCUCAGAUGGACUCGUCCUACGCCAAGCUCCUCCAGCAGCAGCAGCUCUUCCUGCAGCUUCAGAUUCUCAACCAGCAACAGCAGCACUACAACUACCACACCAUCCUGCCCGCCCCCCCUAAGCCAGCACCAGAGCAGCCCCUCACAACGAACCCCGGCCCGUCACCCUCUCGCAAUGUUCCCACGACCACCACCACUGCAACGCUGAUAAGUGGAACUCCACGUCAGGGUCAAGCCUCCGUGGGGGGGGCCAAACCAGCCACUUUGCCUGCCAACCUGGAUGAGUUAAAAGUGGCCGAGUUGAAGCAGGAACUGAAACUGCGCUGUUUGACCGUCUCCGGCACCAAGAAUGAUCUCAUCGAGAGGCUUCGGAACUACCAGGAACAAAACGACGCCGCUGCGAGCGUUCUGAAAAACGGUGCGCAACAGCCCAUCCAUCCGAGCGCAGCGUCCGCGGCGCACACGGCGCCGUCCGCGCCGACCACCGGCGCCGACCUCCAACCGGCUGAAGGAGGGUUCAAGGUCGCUCUGUCUCCGCUGGCUCAGGCUUUUCCGGGUCGAGUCAUGCGUUUUGGUAGCACCAGCUCCAGCCCGCCUGUGUCGCCGACGCCAUCGGAGCGGUCGCUGGCGGGGAUGAGUCCGGAUGAAACCAGCUGUAACGGGGACAUGUUUGGAGAAAUGGUGAGCUCCCCUCUGACUCAACUCACCCUCCACCCCUCCCCUCAACACCCAUCCAACGGAUCUCCUCUUUUACAACCCGUCAACCACAUCAAAGAAGAAACUCAGAGUUCCUGCAACUUCCACAGGCCUUCAGAGGCGCACACGGGGGUCACCAUGGACACAGCAUCCUUGGACAAAGACCAGAUGCUCCAUGAGAAGGACAAACAGAUCGAAGAGCUGACACGGAUGCUGAGACAGAAACAGAAGCUGGUGGAGACCCUCAGGUCCCAGCUGGAGCAUGGAAAGGCGGCGGGCGGCGUUGCGUCCGAGCGGGAAGGAAGUGGAGACGUUAAACCUCCGACACUCAUUAAAGCCUCAGCCAUCCAACCUCCCGUGCUCCCCAAUGGCCUCCUCGUGAAGGUGAAGCAAGAGCGGGAGACCGAGGAAGGCAUGGCGGGAAUAACGGAGGAGGCCCAAACUAAAAAAGCGAGCCAGCCGAUGCAGUGCUCGCAGGAGACGCUGCUCAGACUGCAGCAGAUCAAUCGGCUGCAAACGCAACAAACCGAGCAACAGGCACACAAAGCGUCAGACCCUCAAAGACCACCCGAGCAGAAAAAGGUAUCCCAGGUCCUGCUCCAGCAGCAGCAGCAACUGCAGCAGCUCAUCAUCCAGCAAACCAAACAGAAGCAUCUCCAGGCCCAGCAACAACGGCUCGUGCAGCAGAAACUGGCCCAACAGAAGCAGCAGCUCCUGCAGCAGCAAACUCAGGGGAGGAGGAACCAAACCCAACAGAAGAGUCCGGUUCAGCUGAAGCACGUUCAGGUGCAGAUCCACAACGAGGCGGGGGCCGGCCAGAAGCCUGUCGCCAACCAAAGCCAACACAGGAAGCAGCUGAAGGCUCAGCAAAGGCAGCAGCAGAAACAGCAGACGGCGACCGUCGGCACGCAGCAGGUGGCCCCGGUCUUCAUCAACCAACAGAACGGUACUCAGAUCCACACUCAGGCUAUUUCCCUAGACCUCCUCAAGGCCGGCGGCACGCCAACACUGGUCACCGACACCAACGGCAACCACUACUUGAUCGCUCUGACCAGUCCCACCGCAGACGACCAGAACCGAAGCGCCUCACUGGCCAAAACCAACGGACGCAUCACGCUGCAGAGGUUGCAGUCGACGCCCAGUAAGCUCCCCAGCGCCGAGAGCCAAUCACAUGAGCUGAAAGACAACGAGCAUGCGACCCAGCCAAUCAAAAAGAAAGCAGACCUCCACGUGGACACCAAAGACAUCCCACCCGCAGGCUUGUCCGUCACCGCCCCCCCCAAUUUGCAGCCUUUCUUCAGCGACAUGUCGGAAAGCCAAAGCCAAAGCAACCUGAUCUCGUCCUUCAAGAGAGAGCGAGUGUGUCCUUACGACCGACACACUCUGUUUACUCCUCCCUCUCCCAAACCCAACACUUCUCUUCCCACCAAGUCCUCCAAAGGGAAUGGCGGCAAUAGUCAGCAGAUGGACGACCUCUUUGACAUCCUGCUCAAGAGUGGAGAAAUCCCAGGCUUUAAGGCCAACCCGGACCCGUCCCUCGCCCCUCUGCAGUCCGACCCGCCCUCCCCAUCAUCCCCUCUCCACCUCUCCCCUCCCACUCCCACUCCUCAACCCCCCCUGGUGGAGCCCUGCUCAGGUGGCGGCGGGCGCCUGGAGGACUUCCUGGAGAGCACCACGGGGGUCCCGCUGCUCGGCGUGGAGCCGGGCGGCGGGCUGACGCUCAUCGACGACCUCCACAGCCAAAUGCUGAGCACCGCCAGCAUCCUGGACCACCCCCCCUCCCCCAUGGACACGUCCGACCUGGGCUUCUCACCUCACUCAACGGGGCUGGGCUUCGGGGACCCCACUCUGGAAUGCAUGGACUGGCUGGACAUCUCCAUGGUGGGGAGCUCCAACGGCGGGACUAGUGGCGCCGCUGUGGGAGCCAAGGAGGCAGACGGGGGCACGAGCCUGGCCCCGCUGGCACCGCAUACACCGCCGAGCGUCUUCUCUGCAGACUUCCUGGACAGCACAGACCUGCAGCUGCACUGGGAGUCGUGUCUGUAGCAUGGAAGUCCUGAUCUUACCUUCUCCGUGCUGUCUAUCACUGUUGGGCUCUCUGGCACAUGCACACGCUGCUCUUGGCGGAUUCUACUUAACCUACACACACACACACACACACCUUGUUACACAUCACAACAUGGACUAUCAGUGUGUGUGUGUGUCAGUGCCUCCUAAACUUUGCACUUAGCGUCAUCUGAUUGGUUUAAAGGAGGCUUUCAGGUCAGCUAAGGCAGCUACCAUUGGCCGCCUCCUUACUACGGCAACCUGACGCUCUACCAACACUAGUCAAAAUAUUCAACCAAAACACGAGCAUUCAGUCAUCGGUUGGCAGUCGCUGUUGGAACGAAUCAGCGGCAACGCUUUUAAUUGAAGCCUCGUUAGAGGUUGAACGAUUGCUAACAUGAUGGAAGACCACUAUGUUUUGCUGUAUAUGGGGUGUAUAUUAUCAGCUGUUCAUAUAGGACUUAUUUUUCUUUGCUGGUUGUUUAGUGGAGCUAGCCAGCUGGGGGAAAUGGGGGGGCAUCCAAAAACUUGGACCUUGUCAUUUUUUAAAAAAAAUAAAAAAAAACACAAUGAAUAAAAAUGCUAUGCUGUUCAAAUAUUACAGUGAGAUAGUGCUUUACUAAUACAUUACUGAGAAGCUACCACAAGGGGGCGCCAUUGCAGACAUGUU